UUGAAUUGCGUUCUGAAUUAAAGACUCGCCGUUUUGUUAUCGGAAAUGACUUGUUUAUAACAGCUUUUUUUUAAUUGCUUUAAAUUAUAUGGCAUACUUUAGUAUUUAUUCGGCCCUUGCUAAAUAAAUAAAGUCUAUUAAACUAUAAUAAUUACUGGAGCAUAAAUAAUUUUAUCAUUAUGUCAAAUGUUGGAACACGAGACCUCUUAUUGAGCAUCAUUGAUGAUAUUGAAAUAAUAUCCAAGGAAUUGUUUGAAAGUUUGAUCGCUCCUAAAGGCCAGAAACUCACUUCUGGUGAACUCUCACAGCUUGCAGAACUUCUUGUUUUGAAAGAUCAAGAAUUGAAAUCAACUUUGCUAAUUGCUGCAGAACAAGCCGAGAUUCAGAAAAAAAUUGAUGCACUUCAAGCAGAAGUAGAGAAAGUGGACAAUGAUAUUCAUCACCUUCAAAAGUAUCUAAAAGAAGCUGAACACUUACUGGCUACUGCUGUGUAUCAAGCCCGACAAAAAUUGCAGUGCAUUGCUAAGAGUAAUGAGAGAAGUGUUUCUGUUGAUGAAUUAAUAAAGUAUGCUCACAGAAUUAGUUGUUCAUAUGCAGUUGCUGCUCCUCAUAACUGGCAACCUGGAGAUCCUAGACGACCAUAUCCGACUGAUAUCGAAAUGCGUCUUGGAUAUCUGGGACGUCUCAGUGACUUGCCCAUUAGUGGAAACAUGCUUCAACAACAACAAGGGAACAUGGAAAUGGGUGUGGCUAGAGGAGCUCAUGGAGAACAAAACCCAUCUUCACAAGCUGGAACCUUUACCUGGUCAGCAUCCACUGAUUUAAAGAACAGUAUAAGUUCUACCAGUAACCAUGGUGUUGGUAUGGACGCUAAAUCUCAUAAUAAGGAAAAUGAAGAUGUUGAGGUGAUGUCUACAGAUUCUUCUAGUAGCUCCUCUAGUGACAGUCAAUGAAUGUGGGUCAUUUUCAAGUAUCUCAUCUAAUUUGUAAAUACUACCAUUCAUUAAAAUAUUUAUUUCAAGUGUAA